GGCCAAAGAGUGUUCAAGUGUAGAUGUUGACCAAAGUGUGUUGAGCUUUCCCUGCGUAAUUUGACGCCCAAAAAGCUAAACUAUGUGACCUGGAAGUGCGUGGAAUAUAUCGUGAAGUGUAAGCGAACCAAAUUCGAGAUGAAGGCACCAAGUCUGUUAGCCUUGUCAGUGGUGAUGCUGACCAGGGUGACAACGACAUCGUCCCAGCAGGUGAAUAAGCCCCCGGAGUUCCUUCCUGGAGGAGACAUGAACAGAUUCUCCCUGAGGGAAGACACUCCAGUUGGAUCGUCUGUAUAUACUCUCCAGGGAAAGGAUCCUGAGGGAACUGACGUCUCUUUCACAGUGUCUGGUGACCACUUGAGUGUUGAUAGGAGCUCUGGAGUUGUUACUCUGGUUAAACCCCUGGAUAGGGAAACUACUCCUAUGAUUGAAGUUAUAAUUACUAUAACUGAUGAACGUGUCUAUACUUACGAACCAAACACUGUCCCCUUGAGACGUGAAAUCCCCAUCUUGGACGUUAACGACAACAGUCCAGAAUUUCACGACACUCCAUACAGCCUUAGUGUCUUAGAAUCUGCCUCACCUGGGGCAACUCUCUUUUCCCAGAUGAGAAUUACAGAUGCUGAUGGGGGUAGCAAUGCAGAGGUUAAGUUAGAAUGUGUCAAACAGGAGACUCCUCGUGCUUGUGAAAAGUUUGAAAUUCGUGAAGCACGUGUCGAGGAGGGUGAAUAUGUUGGAAUUGUAUCCCUGAAACAACUGCUGGAUUAUGAAACAGAACGAAAGUAUACCAUGGUUGUAAGAGCCUCUGAUGGAGGGACGGAAAAGAAGCUGAGCUCUACAGCAACCAUAGUUAUAGAAGUUAAAGAUGUACAGGAUCAGCCUCCCAUAUUCCUUAAUGCUCCGUAUAGUGCAACAGUCAGAGAAGCCAGUCCUCCUGGUACACCAGUGUUGGAAGUCCAUGCAAGAGACGGUGACCUGGGAGAACCUCGUCCCUUGACCCUCACUUUAGAAGGCGAUGACUCUGGGUACUUCACCUUAUCCAAUAUAAAAGCACAGCCAGAUGGAUCCUUAACUGCUAAACUGUCCACCUCUGAAGUAACUUUGGAUAGAGAAGACCCUUUGAUUCUCGACAAUGGAGGCCUUUAUACCUUCAGUGUUAGGGCUCAGGAGAAGGGAGGGCAAGCAACUGUUUCUCAAGUAACUGUAGUAGUGACUGAUGUUGAUGAUCAACGCCCAGUCUUCAGCGAGAAUGAGAUUCAAGUCACUGUUCCAGAGGAUAUUGCUAAUGGGACACCCUUACCAGGCCUGAAUCUAGUUGUAAGUGAUGGGGAUGUGGGAGAAAAUGCACGUUUUUCUCUUGAAAUAGAAGAUAUAUUUGGCUCGAAAGGCGUGUUCUCCAUAUUCCCCGAGACAGCUGUUGGGAGAACUCCAGUUAUCAUCAAAGUGGCUGAUUCUUCAAGACUUGAUUUUGAAAAUCCUGAUAAUUCAAAGUUUCUCUUUAAAGUUAUUGCCAGUGAAGGAGGAGUUCCAGUGUCUGCUGCCAUUAUCAAUGUAACAAUUGCUGAUGCUAAUGAUAAUUCGCCAGUUUUUGCACAGCCUUCCUACAGGUAUUCUGUAAGUGAAAGUGUGAACAGGGGCUUCCUCAUUAACACCCUUCGUGCCAAUGAUUCGGAUUCUGGAGCCUUUGGAGAACUUAAGUAUACCAUCAAAGGAUUUGGUGCAGAGAAGUUUCGCGUUGACGAAAAUACUGGAGAGAUUUUUGUUGCCAACUGCGGUCAGGAAUUUUGUUUGGACUAUGAACGCCAAAAGACAUACUCCUUGACAUAUUCUGCCACUGAUGGUGGUGGUAAGAUUACAUCUGUUAAUAUUUUCAUAGAUGUAAUUGACGAGAACGACAAUGCCCCUCAGUUCUCUCGACGUGAAUACAGGAGAACUGUCGAUGAAGGUGCAGCUGUGUUUGACCCACCACUGUUCAUAAAGGCAACAGACGAUGAUGGAGAAACUCAGGGUGGUGGGAAGGUCUUUUACUCUCUACAAGAUGGAAAUACCCCUGAUGAAGCGUUCUUCGUUGAACCUGUUAGCGGCGAAAUAACCAUACAACGACCUCUGAGUUACAUCGAUACUCCAACAUCUACAUACACCCUUACUGUACGCGCUUCAGAUGCUGGUGAACCCAGGAGAUAUAGUGAUGUGAGGGUGUUCAUUACUGUCGGAAGGGACACAAACAGACCUCCAAGAUUCAAGCUGCGAGAAUACCAGGCAACUGUAAGAGAAGACGCUGAAUCAGGCGCAACUGUAGUUGAAGUAUCAGCUAAUGACCCUGAUGGUCCCAAUGAAGCUGUUACUUACAUGCUGACAGCAGGGGCUCGGGACAAUUUUGUUAUGAAUAGUACAUCAGGAGAAAUUACAGUGGCUGAAGGAGCUAGUCUGGACCGUGAUGUAACACCAAAGUAUCAAUUGAUUGUUGCAGCAAUAGACAGCGGCCAUCAAACACGACAGACUUCAACAACUACUGUAACUGUAGAUAUAGAAGACGUUAAUAAUAAGCCUCCUAAAUUUAAUCAGGAAUCUUAUGUGAGGUACGUCAGUGAACGUUUGCCUGUUGGGGAGACAGUUUUAACUGUGACCGCCAGUGAUCCUGACCUCGGUGCUGACUUGGUUUAUGAAAUUACCCAACCGGUAAUGGCUAGGGAUAAAACAGGAGUCACACUUGUACCUUCAUCUCCUUACAAUUAUCUGGAAGUCUUUAGUGUUAAUGAGACCACAGGAGAACUCAAGGUGUCAGGGUCUUUGGAUCAUAAUGCAGCCGCUAUCAUCAUCUUGACCAUAACUGCUUCGGAUCGGAAUGCUACAGAAGAUUUCCCUGAUCAGAAUGACACAGCGGAGGUAACAAUUUAUAUUCAAGCAUUUAGUGACCAAAAUCCGAUAUUUGCUCCACCCUGGACCCCUGCAAGACCGCAACUAGAGGUCAUAGUUAAAGAAGAGCAGGAGCCUGGAACUGUUGUAUUUUCUGUCACAGCUAAGGAUCCUGUUUCAGGUCAGCCUGUAAGAAGAUAUGAGAAGGUUCCAGGGUCUGACCCUGAUGGUAUGUUCACUGUUGCAGCCAUAACAGGACAAGUGUCGCUUAAUUCAAGAUUAGAUUACGAAGCAUCUCAGACUAAGAAAACUUCACUGCAAGUAUUAGCCAUAGCUGGUGAACGUUCAAGUGAGGCCUUUGUUACCGUGAACAUCGAGGAUGUAAAUGAUAAUAGCCCAAUAUUUACAGAGAAUGAGUACCAUACCCGUCUAGCUGAAGACGCUCGAUGGCCGAAGUCAGUGUUAACUGUAACAGCAACAGAUCCUGAUACAAAGGAACACGGUGAAGUCUACUAUACUCUGGGUGGUGAGGGAGCAUUGCUAUUUGUCAUCAAUAAAACAACAGGAGAGAUUCAAGUUGCACGAGGUGCCCAACUGGAUAGAGAGACAACACCUACCAUAACUCUGGAGGUGACUGCCCAUGAUACUCCUAUGGGGGGCAUUAACCAGCGUAAAACUACUGUCAUAGUUGAAAUAGAACUGACAGAUGUGAAUGAUGAAUCUCCUCUUUGGAGUGAAUCUUCAUACACAGCUGUGGUUGCAGAAAACACAGCAGUAGGUAGUCCUGUCAUGAAUGUCCUAGCCACUGACCCAGAUCUUGGCAUCAAUGGGGUUGUUAGGUACCAGUUACCCGAACCACAAGGAGAGGUUGAUGGACUCUUCUCCUUAGACCCUGAGAGUGGUGUAUUGUCUGUACUGGCUCCUCUCAAUGGUAAAGGAAGAACCGAACACUAUGAAUUAACAGUUCGGGCAAUUGACCAAGGCACUCCUCAACAGUAUUCAGAAGCUACAGUUCGAUUGCUUAUUGGAGACGUCUCUACCAACGAUGGUGUGCCAACUUUCAUAAGCCCUGCGCCAAAUGAAGGCGCCAGUGUUAUGGAGAAUUCUAAAAUUGGGACAGCAGUAUUCCAAGUUGAAGCUGAAGAUCCAGAUGACCCUACAACACCCAACGGCAAGAUCGUUUAUUCUUUCUUAGAUGAUGGGAGUGACAAUGGUGUUUUUGACAUAGAUCCCACAACAGGAAUGAUCACAACUCGAGCUGAGCUUGACAGGGAAGUAAGGGAUCAGUAUACAGUUGUGGUUGUUGCGCAGGAUCUGGGACGUCCUCCGCAGCUGGCCUCACGUCUUCUGGUCAUCAACAUAACAGAUGCUGAUGACAAUGCUCCAGUUUUUGCCAGGUUACCGGGAGACAAGCCCCUGGAAUUUUCUGUAGAAGAGGAGGCAGCCACUGGAACUGUCGUUGGUUACUUAUCUGCAAUAGAUGAUGAUGCUGGAGACAAUUCUCUGGUCGACUACAGAAUAACUUAUGGCAAUGAUGAUGGUCUCUUUGGCAUAAACAGAACAGCAGAUAACCAGGGUAUGAUUUUUGUCAAAGAUCGAAUUGACAGAGAAAAGGUUGAAUCGGUAACCCUAACCCUAUUGUGUGAAAAGUUAGGUCGCAGAAUGCCAAACAGAAAGAAUUUUGAUCCCAAAAAUCAUGCUAUGAUGCAGGUGAUCAUAAUGGUAAGUGACUUGGAUGAUAACAAGCCCACCUUUGUUGAUAAUGUGGUGACAUCAGGUGUUCGUAUUGAUGCUGCUCUGCAGACUGAGGUACUUAGACUCCAAGCCAAGGAUGAAGAUCCUACUGCAUUGCCAAUAAGGUAUAAUAUUCAAAAUAUCAGCUUCUCUCAUAUAGAAGAUUCUGUUGAGCUUCUCCCAAAUGAAGAGGUCAAUGCCACAGGGGUUUUCUUGCUUGAGGAAUCGACAGGUGUUUUGCGGACAAAUGCACCUUUAACCAGAUACGCCCAUGGUAUUUUCACAGCCUUCGUCACUGCACGUUCCACUCCUCACGAUGAUCCUGCUGUUGCAAAAGUCACAAUAUAUGUUCUGCGGGAUUCUGACCUUCUGCGCUUCACGUUUGGAAUGACACCUAGUGAGGUGCGCCGUCAACUAACAACUUUCAAGAAGGAUGUAGAAAAUGUACUGCAAGUGGCAGCAUCUCUUAAUAUUUAUGACACGGCAUAUUACUCGGACUCAAAUGGUGCCAUUGACUUUUCAAGCACAGGGUCCUGUUUCCAUUUAGUGGGCCGUAAUAUGCAUGAAACAAAAGUAUUACUUGAUUCUACGGUUAACAAAAAAUUACAACCAGUGUUUGAUAAGUAUUCUGUUAAAAGAGUGGAGAGGUGUGUUCCACGUCGUGAGUCACGCCAAGCUGACUGGGUUGAAGUGUGGGUUUUGGUUAUAGCAGCCUUCAUCGGUGUGGGUGGUACCAUAGCAGCUUGUUCUGUAUGUUGUCUGUACUCAAGAUACCGACGACAAAUGAAGCGACACCAACAGCACUUACGUCUCCUUGAGAAUCCAGUUGCUGCUGGUCAAGUUCUACCUCCAGGCUCUAUUGUAAUGUUACCUCAUGGCCCUCCUCCACCACCAGGUCCACCACACCCUGGAGGACUCCAUCAACCAAUGGGACCUCCAGCUUCGGUGUUAAGCGCCGAGCCUCCAAGAGCGUUCGAGCGCCAAGAUCGCGUUCUUCCCCUUGAUGCCAUCUCUUAUAGAAGUGGUCAAAGGUAGCUUUACUUGCAGAAAUGCAAUAAAAUACAUAUACGUACUGUAAGUAAUAUUUUUAUAGUUACAAGUUGUAAAAAGAGCAGUUAUUUUGCCUCAGAACAGAGUUUAGUAAAAGUGCCUUAUUUGUUUAUAGCAUAUUUUAUCAUAGCAUUAUAGAAAAAUCAUAUUUGUAAUUUAAUGCUGUAAAUUUAGUCCAGGUGAUGGAAUAUAUGCUUAGAAUGUAUGCAAGAAUGUGAAUAUUGUAAUAGCUGUAACUGUUAUUUCAAACACUUCUUUUUUUUUUUCAUUACUUGACACAGGUGAAGUAAUUUUUCCAUACUUAUGCAUCCAGUUGGUAAAUCUAGAAAUCCUGCAUUUAAUAGUAUUGUUUUACUUUUUGUGAUGGAGCUUGUAAGAUCCUAUUUUUAUUGCUCAAUCAUCAUAAAGUACUAUUCUGUUAAUACUCACGUUAUUUACCAGAUUGACUAAUAGUGUUGCAUGAGGUCCCUAAACUCUUACAAAACAAAUUAUGUUACAAUUUUGUGAAAACUAAGUAGUUUACCUUAUAUUUCCUUGUAUAAGAUGACCUUUAGAUAAGAAAAUGAGGUAAAAAAUUAUGGCAAUUUUCAUGAAUUUAUCUGACUGAUAUCUGUAGUACAUGGAGACAGCUAAAUUGCAAAACCAUCUAUGUAUAGGAUAGCUUUUGGGUUACUGUAUAUAUUCACAUAUCAUGUGACUUUUGAAGCUAAUUUUGUAUAUACUAGCGUAUCAUGUGACUUUUGAAGCUAAUUUUAUGGGGUGUUGUCAUACACAAGAUAUAAAAUUCCUCUGUAAUAUUCACACAUAUUAGUAUCAUAAUAUAAAAUACAAACAUAACGACUAUGUAUCUUUUCAAGAGUUAUGCUUUACUUCACUGCAUCCGAUAAUAUUGUAUGUACAUAUUCUCAUAUUACUAUUUGUAUUAUAACAUACAUAGUGAUCAUAUGCCAUUUACAUUGUUUAGGUUUAUGUGAACAUGGACAACUAUCGAUAACAUUUUGGAAUUAGUUGAAAGAUAACCAUGGGGAAACUUUUGUCCCAUCUGCCAUACACAUUAAAACAACAGUAAAAUGUGUUCUUUUAUGCACAGUAGUUUUGAUUAAAAUACUUUUCACUCUAAUUUUAUUUACAGUCAAGUUUGAUGGCAUAACAAAGUUUAGGAGAGUUUUAUCCACGUUGCUGAUUCACAAUAAUUUAUAUAGUCAUUAGAAGCUUGAAACAGUUUUCUCAGCUUCAGCUAAAUAUUUGCAGUGCAAAAUGAUAAUGAAUUUUUAAUGAAAAAUGAAUAUUAUGUUAUCCUAAAUGUUAUUACUGUACUACUUUAAUUACACUACCAUUAAAAUUUCUGAAAGGUUACCGAAACAUAAAUGUUUCUGAGUGCAACCAUAACUCGAUGUUUACAUUUUCUCAGCCGGGCUUGCAUGGAAAAAAGUUGAUUUCAUUGACAUGGAAUUAUUUCUUGAAUAUGCUAAUAAUAUAUAAGGUAAAAAUUAUUUUACUACUUUUAUUAUCAGUUUAUUUCAUAAUGUGAAUCUUUUCUUGUAUGUUGGUGGUUAUCACGCCGAGGCCAAGGCUAGCCUACCGAUAAACAUCACUUAGAAUAGUAGUAUAAGAUGACCCCCAGUUUUUAGGGGUGAAUUUCCGGAUUUAAAGGUUGUCUCAUAUGUGAAAAUAUAUGGUACUUAUUAUUUUUUUAAAUUUAAUACAUUCAAACUUUUAUCAGUCUGGUAUAGAUGAAUAUGUGUGAUAGUAAAUAAAAUAUGAAAGUUGUUACUGACUGUACUAA